AGGGGUUCAGCUGCAAUCACGUAAUAUUGUUUACCAACAUGUGCGCGUUACACAUCGAAGAGGAGGCGCACUUAGCUGCGAUGGGAAAUGGAUUAGUGCAGUUACGCCCACCCCAUGGCGAGGUUAAUCUGUUUGAUAUAAGCUGGGAGGAUGUGCUAAUACCAUAUGUCGCCAGUCACUUGUCCCUUAAAGAUCUAUUUAACCUACGCUGCUGUUCAACAACUGGACAACGUUUUAUGGAAGAUGCGCUGGCUAAGCGCCAAGAGCUAGUGCUCUCUGGCAAUAAUUCAAAAAAUAUUGCGCAGUGCUUCAAGGUGGUGGCGCGCUGCUGUCAACGCUUGGAGCAAUUGCAUUUAGCACGUUGUAAAUGGCUAACGGAUAGAUUGCUACUGCCGCUGCUUAAAAAUAACAAGGAACGCUUAAGCUCAGUGAAUCUCAACGAGUGCGUCAACAUCACGGCGCUCUCACUCCAGCCCAUCAUAGUGGAGUGCAAGCAAUUGCGUGUACUAAAAUUAUCCAAGUGUCACUGGUUGACAACUGGCGCAGUGGAUGCGCUUACUCUGCAUCAAAGCAAACUGGUGGAAUUUGACAUAUCAAACUGUGGCGCUAUUGGCGAGCGCUGUCUCAACAUCUUCUUUCGCAAGCUCAACAAACUCACCAUUCUCUCUUUGGCAAACACACCGAGCGUUACCGAUCAGGUUGUCAUCCAAAUUGGUUUUCAUUGCCGUGAGCUGGAGCAUUUAAAUCUGAUUGGCUGCACGGCGGUCUCCGACUUUGGUGUGCAUGCACUCAGCGUUCAAUGCACGAGCUUGCAGUCGCUGCUUGUUCAACGCUGCCAUCGCAUAACAGAACGUUCCUUGGCGCCGCUGCCGCAUGUGAACAAGAAACAGCUGCGCAGUCGACAGUCGAAGCAGAGCUCGCCUACAUGA